AUGACCACAGGCUCAAGCGAUACGGCUGCACCCAGCUCUGCUACUGCCGACCCUGAGAGCCCCAAAGAGCCUUCCGACCCGUUUCUUGCCCGAGCUCAGAAGAUGCUGGGGACCCAGAGCUUUGCGCCCUAUGAAGUUGCAUUCUGGAUGCUACAGAAGGAUAGGAAGAAGCAGCUGGUAGAGCUUGAGCUGCACGAUGAGAAAAAGGAUUUGGCUUCUUCAAUCAAGAUUGAAAAACAGUUCCUUGAGAGACAGCUCCGAAACGAACUUGAGAAAGAAGAGAGCUACUUCAAGUAUAUACUCUCGUAUCCUACCCAAAGAUGUCUACUUCAAGACCUGUUCCAGCAAGUAGCAUGCAAUGUGAACUUGAGCGACGAGGAGAUAAGUCGUCUGUUUGACGCUUCCAACGUGCCUCGAGAGGGCUGGUAUCGGCUGGAGAAAGAAUCGCUGCCGAUGGAGGGAAUAUACAGGAUGUUGCAGUCUCAAGAUCUUCGCCGUGAGAUGUGGAGAAGGCUGGAGCUCAACGAGGAUAUGGAGCUGCCUGAUUUCACUACGACUAUACAUCUCUACAAGAGCCUGCCGACUGAUAUCUUCCGUUGGCCACUGGGGAACUUCGUGUACUUGGACAAGAGCGCCAGCAAGGUGGAAAAGCGAUUCUUCAGGGAAGUGUGCAAGAAGUUCAAGAGGCAUCUCGAUGUCUUCGAUAUCAAAAUAGCACCAUUGGGCGAGCUGAUCCUCGAAAGCAAGGCCCGCGCUUGCAAGACUUAG